UCUCUAACCUUUUCUCUAUUGUCUUUCCUUGUAGAUCUCAUUGAUUGCCCGAUUUGAAUUGAUUCACGACUACUUCGUUGUUUUUACAUUUGGCUGUUUAGGGUUCUAUGUUGAUUAGAUUUAAAGCUUCAAUCUUUGAAUUAAUGGUUCCUUUUACUCCUCUCGUUGCCAUUAUUAGGGUUUUUUUUAGGUUUGGUAUGUUUUGAGCAUAGAUUUGAAGUUAUUGAACAAUUGGGUUGUUGUUUAUCUUACUUCUAGUUUGAAUAUUAGAGAAAUUAUUAAACUUUAGGGUUUUAUGAUUUAGCUUAUUAUCAAAUUCUCUAUUUUAAUAAUAGUUAGGCUAUAUAUUUGAAACGUUAAAUUAUGCAUAUCUGUUAAUAAUGAAUCAUAUGAGAUUUUGUUCUAAUAAUCUUGAUAGAAUGAUUUGAGAAGUAAGGGCCAGGGCCAAAGAAAGAAAGUUUCAUAAUUUUCUGGUUUUGUAUGGUAUUUGUAUAUUUUGUUUCUGUACACUGUGUUUAAGUUUGGGAUAAUUCUAUAUAUUGGUGUUGAUGAAGUGUUUGGUAACAUUGAGAAACUUUUAGGAGAGAGAAUUUGAUUGUAAUUAUUUUAACUAUGUUCAUAGUGAGAAAUAAGUUGAUUGGAACAAUGUUUGUGUUGUUAAUUGGAGAGAUAGUUUGCAGUUGUUUCAAAUUUUAUCCGGUAUUUCAGUAGGAGAAGCAAGCAAAAUAGGCAAUGCUUCGUUCACUGUGUUUAAGUUUUGGAUAAUUCUAUAGAUUGGUGUUGAUGAAGUAUUUGGUAAAGAAAAGCUUUUAGGCUCUCCGAACUAAACCUAAUUUAUGGUGUUUCUAGGAAAAUUUGAAUUGUAAUUAACUAUGUUCAUAGUGAGAAAUAAGUUGAUUGGAACAAUGUUUGUGUUGUUGAUUGGAGAGAUAAUUCGUAGUUGUUUCAAAUUUUAUCCGGUAUUCAAUGGGAGAAGCAAGCAAAAUAGGCAAUGCUUCGUUGAAUAGUUACCCAAAUGCUUCAUUGCAUAGCUACCAAACUAAUAGUCUGUUUAGAGAAGUUGUGGACAAUUAUGGUUUAUUUGAUUCAUUUGCAUCUCUUUCUCUUCAGCAUUGUUGUUAGUAUUUGACGUGUUUCUGUCAAAACGAACAGAGUUUUUGAAAGUAUUCUGUUAAGCCACAAGAAAUUUUGUUGUUAGAUAGGCAUUUACUCUUAUUAUAUAGGGUUUUGGAAUUUGGUUGGUAGAAGAAGAAUGGAGAGCCUAAAAGUUUCGGAUGCAAACAUGGUGGUCUAUGUUCACCCAUCUAAGAGCAACAACAUUUACGAUGCCAUUCUUCGUGAGCUUAGCUCUAUGCUUUUCAAGUUUCAUGAGAAUUUUGAUGGUGUUAUGUUGGCUUAUGAAUUUAAUAUUCUUGAUAAGAAUGCAAGAAUUUUAAAUGGGAUGCAUCCUUAUAUUGCUGUGAAGCUAAAAGCAAAGCUUUUGCUUUUCUCUCCAAAACCUAAUAUGCUGUUAGAGGGGAAGGUGGUAAAAAUUACUCAAGGAUCAAUUCAUGUUGUUGUUCUUGGCUUCUCAUCAGCUGUUAUAACGGACGAAGACAUUCGUGAUGAAUUUGUACAUAAAAUUAAACACGGGGAGGAACUAUUUUGUAGCAAAUUUCACAAGCGCCAUGUGAUAAAGGUUGGAAGUAUGAUACAGUUUUUAGUCAAAAGUAUGGAUGAGGAUGUACUACACAUUUCUGGUUCUCUAGUACCCGAAAACACAGGAAGCCUUCAUUGGCUAGCGAAUCAUUUAGAAGGUUUCAGAGUAAACGACAGUGUGAAGAAGAGGAAGAAAAAUGAAGAGGCGUCGGUUUUACAAGAUCCCGGUAGUUCUGUAAGUGGGGAAGCAUUAUCUAUCAACAAUGAACAUAGAAUCAAGAAGUCUAAAGGAAAGAGAAGAAAAACAGAGUCUUGAUGGCAAUUUUCUGAGUUUUUUCUCAGGUAAUCUUUCAGUCGUCGCAUCCUCGGUUUUGUUAGUGUAAUAGCCAAGAGGAAAUAACCGAGAGAAAUUUUUGAAGAAUACUGUAAUGAUAAAAACAAAAAAGAUUAAUGAGUGUCAAAACAAGAGAGAAGAAUUAUCAUUAUAAAGAGUAGAACAGUUGAUUAACAACAAAGAAAAAUGAUAGAUCCAUUUCGAUUUAGGAUUAUUCUAUUUACAUUUACUCUAAUAUUUUUCUAGUGAACUGUGGAAGCAAUGUUCUUUGAAAUGAGUUUGCUUAAAUUUUAAAGAAAAGAAAUUAGAUUAAGUCUUAA